AACAGUUUAUCGUGAAAUUUAGUUCUGUUCUAAUCAAUAGAAAAUUGUAAGUUACACUUUUCAAAUAAGUGGUGUGACGUUUUUACAUUGAUCAGUAGAUGAAGCCUCAAUUCUGGCUUGUACUUCACCUUCUUGGUGCCACUUUUGCGGCAUUCCGACCAAGAGACUCAAAAUUGAAAUGUGAACCCUCUCUAACGACAGUCAGUGGAUCACUGGCAAGCGCAAUAACUGGCCCAAUCUGUUCCGGUGAUUUACUUUUUGAGGACAACUUCGACACUCUCGACUAUGAGACGUGGCAACAUGAAAUUACACUAUCAGGAGGUGGUAAUUGGGAAUUCCAAUGGUACACCAACAAUCGAUCCAACUCUUAUGCCGAACAAGGAGUUCUGCACAUUAGACCAUCACUCAGUGCUAAUGACUUUGGUGAACCUUUUCUAACAUCUGGCACUUUGAAUCUUCACGGUGGAGCACCGGCAGAUCAGUGCACAAAUCCUCAAUUUUGGGGCUGUGAACGUACAGGUAAUCCCAUGAAUGUACUAAAUCCCAUCAAGAGUGCUCGCAUCAGAACAGUCAACUCCUUCGCCUUCAAGUAUGGCAAAGUAGAGGUGAAUGCCAAGAUGCCGAGCGGAGAUUGGCUUUGGCCAGCAAUUUGGUUUCUGCCGAAGCACAACUCCUACGGGUCCUGGCCGUCAUCUGGCGAGAUUGAUUUAGUGGAAUCUCGUGGCAAUAGGGAUUUGAUGCAAGGGGGUGUUCAUAUUGGGGUAGAGCAGAUGACGUCAUCUCUCCAAUAUGGCCCAUACCCUCAGCAAAAUGCUUGGAAGACAACCCAUUUUGCACGAAAUACGGCCCAAGGAAAUGGUUUCAACAAAGAUUUUCAUCGUUAUCAAAUGGAAUGGACACCAGAUCGAAUAACAUUCAGUAUCGAUGACGUGGAAACCGGCACCAUAAACGUGGGGGAGGGCUUUUGGUUGUAUGGCAAUUUCGAUCUGAAGGCUCCUGGGACAGAGAAUCCAUGGCGUUUUGGCUCUACUAUGGCCCCUUUUGACCAAGAAUUCUAUUGCAUCAUUAAUCUAGCUGUGGGUGGUACAGGAUACUUCCCCGAUGACGGGGUAAAUCCCGGUGGAAAACCCUGGCUCAAUACAUCUCCCCGGGCUGCUACAGAAUUUUGGAAUGGGCGCAAUCAAUGGCUACCCACAUGGAAACUUGAGGAGAAUUUCUCCAAAGAUGCUUCCCUUCAAGUUGAUUAUGUCCGGAUUUGGGCACUUUAAACUACAUGGGGAUUAAUGGGGGAUUUCUCUAGUAUUUAGUCAUUCUUCUUAUAGAGGGGAAUUAGAAAAUAUACUGCAAGCAUGAUGAAAAA